UAAUCGAAAAGAAGGGGAAAAAAAUAACAGAAAACGAGAUGAAAAAGGAGUUCCCCGGCCAAGCGCCGGCGAGCGCCGCCGGCGGGGCGGGGAAGCGGACCCGCAGUUUCUCCGAGGACGACACCUACCUCCUCAUCCACAGGUACCAGCCGGCGACGAUCCUGACGAUGCUGCAGGAGGUUGGGAAGCACGUGCAGGCGGGGAAGGCGAUCGACUGGAGGGCGCUGGUGCGGAAGACGAGCACGGGGAUCACCUCCCCGCGCGAGUACCAGAUGCUGUGGCGGCACUUCGCCUACGGCCACGGCCUCGUCGACACCCUCGUCCCCGGCGCCCAGCCCCUGGACGAUGAGAGUGAUCUAGAGUGUGAGAUUGAGUUUGUUCCUGCUCCGGGUAAUGAGGCAUUAGCUGAGGCUACAGCGUUCGCCAAGGCUAUAAUCUCUGGAUCUUUGCGUGAACAAGCAUCUGGUCAACGUGUCAACUCAGAAGCUGCUGCACUGAACACUCCAAAUGAAAAGAUAGUGCGUGUUCCAUCUGAUAAACAGCUUGUGACCAGUCAUCGUCUAACAAAUGAUACAGGUCCAGUUUCCAGCUCAAAGCAGCCCUCCAAUGCAGGGUCAUCUCCUGAUCUGCUGGAUCCGAAUGGACACGCCAAAAAGAAAAAGAAGCCUAAACCAUGGUCCAAAGAGGAGGAUGCGGAACUAGCAGCAGGUGUACAUAAGUAUGGUGAAGGAAAAUGGCUGGAUAUUCUGAAUGAAUACAAAUUUGAUAGUACAAGAACACACUUUCAACUUCAACAGAGAUGGGCAUUGACUUGCAGGCGUCAGGGAUCAACCAAGCCUGCUAACCCUAAAAUAGCCAUUACAACUAGCUCGGAGGAACUGAAGGCAGCACAAAAGGCAUUUACUAUGGCCGUUAUAAUGCCUAUGGGAAGAUCAAAUACACCAAAACCAGUGCAUGCAGGAGGUCUGCAACCUAACACUCCAAUGGUUACUACCGCAGCUCCUGAGGUGAAACCUGUUACAGCCCCUUUACCAUCGUCGGUGCCUGUUCCGGUGCCAGUGCCAGUGCCUGUUGUUCCGGUGCCUGUGCCAGUUCAACCAGUGCAGUUGCCACCAUCUCAGUUGCAACAAGCACCUGUACAAUCUGCACCUCCACCUCCAAAAGUGUCAAAUGCUUCGAACAAGUCACGAAAUAAUUCUAAGAAGCAAAUUGCCCAAUCAAGUCCUAUGAACGGCCCUUUGUCAUUGCAAGAGGUUGCUCUUGCUGCUGGUGGGCGAAUCGCCACACCAAGUGUUGCCACCAAUUUUCUAAAAGCUGCACAGUCCACAAAAGCUGUGCACAUAAGGUCUCGAGGAACAGGAUCUUCAAAAUAUUCUACGGGAUCUAAAACACCUACUGCGGCUGGUGAACCUGGGACACAGCUUGGCAGUGAUCAACACCUAGAACUACAAAGUACUGGUGGCCCAUCUCCAGUUUUGACUGCACAUGCAACCGAGCAAGUUCGCAGUGUUUCAGAAGUUGCUGGGGUUAAUCCUCUGGGACAAUCCGCUGGAGUGCAUUUGUUGGAAGCUAAGAAAACAUUGAACACCACACCUGUGUCUGUAUCUUCUGACAAAAUGGAAAUAGAUGACAACUCUAAUUAUUUUGUCGUCACAAUGGAGGACUUGUUCCCUGAAGAUGUGAAGCAGGAAGAUGUUGAAGAUCCAAAGAUUGAGGAGGCCAUAGACCCUAAGGACGCAGACAUGAUAGAAUUUGAUCGUUUUGUGGCCCAGGGAUGCUUAAAUAAGGACAAAGUGGAUAAGGGUAAGACUGUCAAAAUUGCUCCAGAAGCUCAAGGUGUUGCUGGCAGUCAGAAAAAACAGCUGAAGGUGCUGCCUGCAGCUGGCAAAAGCAACCCUAUAUUUGCUGGAGCUCCAGCAGCUGCAAAGAAGACAAGAACUCCAAGUCCACAGGGUGGGGUGUCUAGCGGUGGUGUUGGCGCAGGCAAUGUUGGUGUGCUGAAUAGAUCAGGAGGGAAGGCACCUGCUCCUGCUACCCCUGGCUCCCAAAAUACUGUCCAGAAGCAGCAAAGCACGAGCUCAAAAGGCAACUUAUUAAUGGCCAAGAAUGUGGCGCCUGGCACCGUAACACCAGCCAGCAACCGUGCCAACACAGCGGUGAACGGGGCUAGCAAGGUGAAUCUACCAGCCAGCCGGAAGCCAGCCUAACAUGGUAAGUGUGUUGCUAUUAGCACGCUAGGACUCUUGCCCGCCUACUUUGAAAUGUAAAUAGGGCUGCGUAGAAAUCUUCUAUUCUUUGCAUCACUUCCAUUAUUGUUCAAUUCCUUUCUGAACCAAAGCUCCAGUGAAACAUUAGGUUAGGUUGGAUAAAUCGCUUUGCCAUCUCUGUGAUGUCGUGGACAGUUUAGACUGAUGCUAUUUGUUAUGCUGGCGGCCUGAGAUUACAUCAUGCCACCUUCCUGUACAGCCUCCUGCGUCUGCCUGUGUUUGAGAGUAAUUUGGUUGAUUGGCCAAAUCUUCAGAAACUAUACCCUCAGAAACUGGGAAAAAAUAUUUCCCCUGUUUGGAACAUCUGACACUGAUUGUGCCACCUUUCAAACUCUGAAGAUGGCAACAACCAUGAUGCAAGAUGUCUCUAUCGGCUUGAUGGCUUACACAAGCAUGGGAUGAAUAAUCUGGAAUGCAUUGCUUCUGCCUCGAGAUUUUUUCCAUGCUGCUGCAUGCAUGCGACGAGGUUUGGACUGUGAUACGUACUGCGAUUGAUGAUAACUGCGUGGUUUGGUUGAUGUGUCAACUUCUACCGCACAAUCAAGUCAGAUCGGUGGAUGGAAGAGACCUCUUUGUUUGGUGCAGCCUGGAUGAUCAUCGGUGACCACGUGUAUCGCGGCAGUUGACAUUGUGGUCACUCGUGUCUUGUCAGGUCGCUCGCUUUGAUCCUUAUUUGCCGUUGGCGGUGGACCAAACACGCUGGUUAUUCGAAGCUGAUCUUGAACUCUUGCUAGAAAUCUAUUUUGAGAAGUAUUAUUUUGUCAUUCUUUAAAUUUGUUUUGGAUUGUAUAAACCGCAAACAAGCAGGUGGUACCAAUUUUACUUUUUAUAUGCAAAUGGUCGAAAACGUU